CGUCUUCCGGAGUUCCCCUCGGGAGGGGGCGUGACUUCCGUCGCGUCGGCUCCAGCUUCCGGCGUGGGCCGGAAGUUCCACCGGCCGAUCCCGGAAGUGUCCGCGUGGGUCGCUUUCGUCCGCCGCUCGGGACUCUUCUGCUGCUACUGCUGCCGCCGCCGCCGCUCUCCUCCUGCCCCGCCAUGGCCACGGCCACGGCGGCGUACACCUGCAUCACCUGCAGGCUGGCCUUCAGCGACGCCGAGCUGCAGCGCGCGCACUACAAGACCGACUGGCACCGCUACAACCUGCGGCGCAAGGUGGCGGCGCUGGCGCCGGUGUCUGCCGAGGGCUUCCAGGAGCGCGUGUGCGCGCAGCGGGCGCUGGCCGAGCAGCAGGGCCGGGCCACGGCCACCUACUGCGCCGCCUGCAGCAAGCGCUUCGCCUCCUUCAACGCCUACGACAACCACCUGCGCUCCCGGCGCCACGUGGAGCUGGAGGCGCGCGCCGUGCAGGCCGUCAGCCGGCGCGUGCAGCGCCUCAACGAGAAGAACCUGGAGAAGGGGCUGCGCGCCGAGCCGGGCGCCGACAAGGACGCGGUGAACGCGGCCAUCCAGCGGGCCAUCAAGGCCCAGCCGUCGCCCAAGAGGGCCGCCCCGGCCGCCGAGCGCGACGCGCCCGACAGGCCCGACAGGCCCGACAAGCCGCCCCGGCUCCGGUGGUUCGAGCGGCAGGCGAGGAAGCUGGCCCAGCGGCAGGGGGAGGAGGGCGCGGACGAGGAGGAUCUGGACGGAGACGAUUGGGAAGAUCUUGAUUCCGAGGAAGAGUUGGAGUGUGAUGAUGCUGACGACCUGGAUGAGUCUGAGGAGGAGGAAGAGGAGGAGGAGGAGGAGGAGGAGGAGGAGGAGGACACUGGCGGCAGCCCCCCGCCUGGCGCUAUCCCGGUUACGGACUGUUUGUUCUGUUCGCAUCACUCCAGCUCCCUCAUGAAAAAUGUGGCUCAUAUGACGAAGGUCCACAGCUUCUUUAUUCCUGACAUCGAGUAUCUCUCGGAUCUUAGGGGGCUGAUUAAGUACUUGGGAGAGAAAGUCGGAGUUGGGAAGAUCUGCUUGUGGUGUAACGAGAAAGGGAAAUCCUUUUACUCCACGGAGGCGGUGCAGGCACACAUGAACGACAAGAGUCACUGUAAGCUCUUCACAGACGGGGACGCUGCUUUGGAGUUUGCAGACUUUUACGAUUUUAGGAGCAGCUAUCCGGACCACAGGGAAGGGGAGGAUGCGGACGAGACGGCGGAGCUCUCUCCGGAGAAGAACCUGGAGUACGACGACGAGACCAUGGAGCUCGUCCUGCCUUCUGGUGCCAGAGUGGGCCACCGCUCCCUGAUGCGAUACUACAAGCAGCGCUUCGGUGUGACCAGGGCCGUGGCCGUCUCGAAGAACCAGAAGGCCGUGGGCCGCGUGCUGCGGCAGUACAGAGCCCUGGGCUGGACGGGCGGCACAGGCGCAGCCCUCGUGCGGGAGCGCGACAUGCAGUAUGUCCAGAGGAUGAAGUCCAAGUGGAUGCUGAAGACGGGAAUGAAGAACAACGCCACCAAGCAGAUGCACUUUAGGGUCCAAGUGAGAUUCUGAGUGGGCCGAGGACCAGCCGGGGCCCGUGGGACACACCUGAUUUGCUGCUACUUCUCCCUCCCUGUCCUUCAUUGGUCCUGAUCAGACAAUAAAAGCCAGAGUCUGGCUUUCA